UGUUGCGAUAUCUUUAUUGUCUGAUUUCAAUUUCUUGCUUAAAUCCUUUCGCAACGCUCACUUGUGAAGGAAAUAAAAGAUGUAUCUCGGCAUGAGAGGAAUGCUACUUCUCUUUUUUUGGGUCCUCUUCACUCUAAACUACUGUUCAUGUGGUGAUUUAAUAGCCGAUACCUGCAAUAAAACUAAGUAUCCCAAUCUCUGUAUCUCAACUCUAAGGUCGAACCCGGAUAGCAAAACUGCAGAUGUCGAGGGCCUUGUCCGCAUCGUUUUAAAAGUUAUGCUUGCCAGAGUGAAUGCUAUUCUCAACCAAGUAAAUGAUUUACUCAAAAAGACGAAGGAUCAUGGUCUAAAACAAUCUCUCACCAUUUGCGCCUCGCUAUAUGGAGAUGCUCUUUAUGAUAUCCCCGAAGCCAUACAGUGUGUGGGCAAAAAUAAUCCUCAAGCUGGAAGUGCAACAAAUGGAGUUUUUGAUGUAGCUGAUACUUGUGAGGACCAGUUCGAUGAAUCACCCAUCACAGCUGAGAAUGAUCUUAUCAAACAACUAACUCUAGUUGCUCUUGAAAUUAUAAAUACUCUUGGUUGAUUGCUUGUUUGUUAACCAAUUUCCUCCGUCCUUCCAUAUAUGGGAUGAAUAUAUGAGUGAAUAAGUUAUUCAUUUUCUAUUA